AUGGCGCCUGCACCACAGAUAAUACAACUAAACAAUGGCGACAAAGUGAAUCGUUUUACGGUGUUCAAAAAACUAGGAGAAGGUACAUUCGGAGCAGUUUACGCUGUAAGGGAUGACAAUGGUGGAGCCGAGCACGCACUGAAGGCUGAAUUCGCAACUGAAAAAAUUCCGCUUCUGAAAUUGGAAUUGUAUGUGAUGCAAAAGCUGACUCAGCGAGGAGCAAAGCACAUGCCAACCUUGAUUGACAAGGGAAAGCAUGAUAAUUUCAAUUACAUCGUCAUGAAAUUUCUCGGGAAAUCACUUCAAGAUGCAAAGAAAACUGGACCAAACAGUCAUUUGACUUUAGGAUCUGCCAUUGGCGCAUCGAUUCAAUGCCUUGAAGCACUCGAAGAAUUGCAUUGGUGUGGAUUUUUGCAUCGGGAUGUCAAACCAGGAAACUUCUGCUUGGGAAGACCUGAAGUGGGAGAGUUAAGAAAGAUUUUUGUUUUGGAUUUCGGAUUAUGUCGUCGAUAUGUAAAUGAUCAGAAUGUGAUGCUUCAGCCACGUAGAAAAGCUCCGUAUAGAGGAACUCCUCGUUACGCUCCAAUCGCUUCACACAAUUACAUGGAGCAUGGUAGAAAAGAUGAUGUUGAGAGUUGGUUCUACAUGCUAGUCGACUUCACAAAUGCCGCUCUUCCGUGGAAAAUCGCGACUGACAUCAAAGAAGUCGGAGCCAUCAAAAAGAAUGCUCGAGUCGAACCUGGGUUAUCUCAAAUGCUGGCUGAAUGUCCGAUGGAAGAAUAUCGUGUCAUUCUCAAUCACAUCGAUUCGUUGACCUACUUCAUGGCACCCGACUACGGACUACUCUACACGACCCUUCGAACAUUGAUGAAGACAAAAAAUCUUCAGGAAUAUCCGUAUGAUUGGGAAGCCGAGUAUGGAGCCAAUAAAAACUGA